UCUGUCCGUGUAGUUGAUUAUUUAUUAAUACGUGUUAUAGGUAUGCGAACGUACGACGACUUUCUUUCGGUAUCGGUUUACUGUCGCGAUCGCGUUAAUCCCGAGAUGUUCAUCUACGCACUCUCAGUGGCGAUCCUGCAUCGUCCAGAUACCAAGGAUCUACCGAUACCACCGCUAUCAGAAAUUUUCCCGGACAAGUACGUAGACAGUGGGAUAUUUGCCAGGGCGAGAGAGGAAGCCAACGUUGUACCGGCUGGCUCCAGGGUACUUGUUCUCUAACGCAUUAAUUACCAACAGAUUCGUUCCUCAAUUGUGCUAUUUAAUUAGCUGGCUUAUUCU